AUGGAAUCGAAAAGGAAGCUCGUCACCCCGCACAUCGAGAUUGGCGUUCUUGCCCGUUUCUCCCGUCGGACAGCAAACAGAUCCAGGACCGCACUCAGGGACCAGCAACCACAACGUCUUGAUGCCGUGGAUGUCGGUUGCCUCAGAGAGCAACGCGAGCAGCUGUAG